AUGGCGACCACUCUGCGUCGGCGUCGCGCCGAGGACUUCGCAAUCCACGAGGAUGUUCCCUCCACGGAGGAUACGGAGAUGAACACAGACGCUCUUCAGGAGGAGGAAGAGACCGAGGAACUUGAGGACGAGCAAGAGGCAGAAGAAGACGACGAUGACAACGCUUCUGAGAGCUCCGACGACGGCAUUGUGGACAACGGUGUUCAAUUGGAUAUGGAGAAGCUGCAAGAUAGUUUCCCCGGCUUUCGCCAGAAGUACCGCUUGAUCAAGAGAAUUGGUGAAGGCACUUUUUCAACAGUAUACAAAGCAGAGGAUCUGCAGUAUGAGCGAUUCGAUAAUUCAUGGGAUAUCGAGAAGGAGAAUGAGAAGUGGACGCCGCCACCCCUGAAGCAGCACACCAGUCGCAGCUCAUCCGUGACACUCGAGCAAACCUCUCAGGUACACAGUCAGGGACAGGUGUCGAAUCGCCAACGAAGAAAGCCGAAGUUUGUUGCAAUUAAGAAGAUUUACGUGACAUCGUCACCAUCUCGUAUUCUCAAUGAGCUCGAGCUUCUGCACGACCUUAAGGAGUGUCCUUCCGUCUGUCCUCUCAUCACUGCAUUCCGCCAUACCGAUCAAGUCGUGGCAAUCCUGCCAUACUUCCGUCAUGCGGAUUUUAGGGACUACUUCCGCAAGAUGACGGUGCCAGACAUGGCUAUUUACCUAAGGGCGCUGUUCACCGCUCUGUCCUCUGUGCAUGCCCACGGCAUCCUGCAUAGAGAUAUCAAGCCUACGAACUUCUUGUACGACCCGGCUACGCAGCGCGGUGUGUUGGUGGACUUCGGUCUGGCAGAGCGCGAGGGAGUCGAGUCCAAGCCGUGUCUUUGCCAUGAUGACCCGCAAGUCCGCAAGGCGAAGCUGCGUGCUACAUACAACCCCUCGGCUCCUCACAAUGGGUACCCGAAGAAUGACACGCGUCCCUCUCGGCGAGCAAACCGUGCGGGCACGCGUGGAUUCCGUGCCCCGGAGGUGUUGUUCAAGUGCACUGAGCAGACGACCAAGAUCGACAUUUGGUCCGCGGGCGUCAUCCUACUCACCAUCCUUUCCCGUCGCUUCCCCUUUUUCAAUUCGGCAGAUGACGUCGAGGCCAUGAUUGAGAUAGCAACGAUAUUUGGCCAGAAGAGGAUGCGACAGGCUGGUCAGCUACAUGGUUGCAUGUUUGAGACAACCAUUCCUACCAUCGGAACUCAGGGCUUCUCCCUCGAGAGGAUCAUACUCUGGUCGACCUGCCGAGUAGAUAGCGGCAAGCCUCUCGAAGAUGACGAGAAGCUGGCCGUAGACUUCCUAAGUCGCUGUCUGGAGCUAAAUCCUAGCAACCGUAUUAGCGCAGAGGAGGCAUUGGAGCAUGAGUUCCUUCGUGUCUCAACUGAGCAGUCGGUUGAGCUAGAUGACGAUGAAAUGGACAUGUUGAAGGUCUGA